AGAAAAUGGAACAAAUUUCCAAAGAAAGACUUCUACCGUUCCACCUGUUGACUUGCUGCUCAAGUGUAUGCGUCAUAUGUCAUAUGAUUUAUUAUCAUAAAACACACACUUUAAAUAUACAAGGUUAAUAUUUAGAGCGAUAUUAUUGAUCUGUUAAAGUACGGAAGAAAAAGGAAAAAUGAGUAAACGUAGCCGAGAUCCAGCGAUAAAUAAACUGAGAGAGGUGAAAGCAGAGGCCGAAUCACUGGGAGUACCCGAGUCAAUUAUCAAUGGUAUACAGGCUGUGGAUGAUUUGACAAAGGCUCGAGAGGAUUAUUGCGACAAUAAGACAUCGACACCAAGUGAGCCAAUGGCAGCACUGAUAAAAGAUACUUUAGAACAUCCCUGGCAGAACGUAUACGAAGAAGGGAAAACGAAAUGGAAUAUCACCCCUAGAAUGAUGUCGGGAAAUCUGGAGGGAUAUGUAUUAAAAUUCUUAGUCAGUGCUUCUAAAUCCAGAAACGUUCUUGAGGUCGGUAUGUUCACUGGAUGUUCUGCAUUAGGAAUGGCGGAAGCUAUGCCGGAUGACGGGAAGGUCGUCACUUGUGAACUUGAUUCAUACCUAGUAGACCUAGCUAGAAAAUUUAUGGACAGGUCGCCACAUGGAAAGAAGGUCGAAAUUCUUACUGGUCCAGCAAUAGAAAGUUUAAAUAGUUUGGCUAAGAAAAAUGAGAAGUUUGAUUUCAUCUUCAUAGACGCUGAUAAAGCGGGCUAUUGUGAUUAUUUUAAUAUAUGCUUCUCCGAACUUCUCGCUCCCGGAGGUACUAUUGCCAUGGACAAUGCCUUAUUUAGAGGUAAACCGUACGUGGAAGAUACACCACCUGACGAAGGCGUUACCAAGUUUAACAACAUGAUCGUGACGAGAAAAGAUAUUUAUUAUGUUUUGAUGCCUAUAAGGGAUGGUAUUAUGCUGAUCAGAAGAAAAGAGGACAUGAAUGGAACCGUUUGAAAAAUUUUUAAUAUAAUUGUUCAAUUGAUCUUGAUUUACCAUUCAUCUCUUUAUCAAAUCCAUAUUUAAAGUUACAUAUUAUUUGUAAAUAUAUCGGUGAUUGUCACCCAAUUCAUUAAACACUUGACUUAUAUUUAUUUCCGUUAA